AAAUAUUUCUUUCAUACUGAUGAAAAGCCUUGUAUAUUCAUAGCUGGUGAUAUUAUUUUUAUUUCAGAAAAAUAUAUAGUAGAAAAUUUCGAACAAUGUGUUGCUGUUAGAUAUGCAAGUACUCCUGAUUCUGGAAACUCUACUCAUGAAUUUGAUAUUUCUUUGUAUGCUCCACACUGUAUGUUGUUCAUCAUAGUUAACUGUAAACCAAAAGAAAUUAUCCAUUUUGGUGUAGAAUGUACUAAGUAUAAUGCUGUUACUAGUACACGUAAUGUUAAUAUGCAAAUAAUAGUUUUUUAUCCUUUAAAUUCUGUGAGAUUUCAAAAAUAUUUGGGUCUAUUAGGAUCGAACAUUAAAGUAGGCAGUAGCUAUUUUAUAUCUGGUCUUUUUAAAUUUUCUCAAUUCAGAAAAAUGAUGAUCAAGGCAACCGAUAUUGAAUAUUCAAAAAUUCUACACUUGAAUUAUAACAUAUCUGAAAGCUCUUUAUCAUCAGUGUCUAAUACCCAAUCUAUCAUUGAUAUUAUAGCUGAUGACAUUGAAUCCAUUACUACUGAAACACUACUAAAACAUCCUGAAUUUGCGACUUCUUCUACUUCUUCUGUUAAACAUAAUACUACUAUUACCAAUGCUGAUCAAAAUUAUAUUGAUUUGGAUAUUCAAAGUAAAGAAAAGGAAAAGCACUUAGAUUGUAGUAUUAAUGAAAAAGCUACAGAACUAUAUGAA